AUGGUCCAGAGUUUCCUGGGGGGUUUGUUCGGGCCGGUGUGUGAAAUUGAUGUCCUGCUCAACGAUGCCGAGAGCCGGAAGAUGGCUGAACUCAAGACAGAAGAUGGAAAGAUGGAGAAACAUUAUAUGUUCUACGACGGAGAAUCUGUGGCUGGCAAGGUCAAUCUAAAUGUGAAGCAGGGUGGAAAACGACUGGAGCACCAGGGCAUUCGCAUUGAGUUUGUUGGACAGAUUGAGCUUUUCUCAGACAAAAGCAACACCCACGAAUUUGUGGAUCUGGUGAAAGAGUUGGCAUUGCCGGGAGAGCUUGCUCAGAACAGAAGCUACGACUUUGAGUUCAUGCAGGUGGAGAAGCCCUACGAGUCGUAUACCGGCGCGAACGUCAGAUUAAGAUAUUUUCUAAGGGUGACGAUAGUUCGUCGACUGUCAGAUCUGGUGAAGGAGUACGAGCUGAUCGUCCACCAGCUGGCCACCUACCCAGACGUCAACAAUUCUAUUAAAAUGGAGGUCGGCAUUGAAGACUGCCUUCAUAUUGAGUUUGAAUACAAUAAAUCGAAGUACCACCUAAAGGAUGUAAUUGUUGGGAAGAUUUACUUCCUGCUGGUUAGGAUCAAAAUCCAGCACAUGGAGCUGCAGCUCAUUAAGAAGGAGAUAACAGGCAUAGGUCCGAGUACGACAACGGAAACUGAUACGGUAGCCAAGUAUGAGAUCAUGGAUGGUGCACCAGUUAAGGGAGAAUCAAUUCCAAUUAGACUCUUUCUUGCAGGAUAUGACUUGACAGCCACUAUGAGGGACGUCAACAAGAAGUUCUCUGUACGCUACUUCCUUAAUCUUGUGUUAGUUGACGAAGAAGAUAGAAGAUACUUUAAGCAGCAGGAGAUUGUUUUGUGGAGGAAAGCUCCAGAAAAGAUGAGGAAACGGAACUUCCACCAGCGCUACGAGUCCCCCGAUUCACAAACUCAGCCGGUUAGUGCUGAGCAGCCAGAAAUGUGA